CUAGGAACAUCCUGAUCUGACUAAGGACCUCAACAGCCAUGAAGAAGCUUUUCAACUUCUGGAAGAGGAAGGAUGAGUUUUCUAGCCGCUCCUCAUGCCUGCCCACAGGCCAGGACUACACUCCCCGAACUAGGUACUUAAAGAAACUCCACAAAGCCGCUUCGGAUGGGGAUUUGGACAAAUUGAAGGAGUACCUUCAGCUCAAGAAACAUGACGUGAACAUGCGGGACAAAGAGCACAGAACACCUUUGCAUCUGGCCUGUACUAGUGGAUAUACACAUAACAGCUCUCUCUUAACUAAGAAAAAAUGCGAAAUAAAUGUUCAAGAUGAUGAAAACAAAUCUAUACUGAUUAAGGCGGUUCAAUUUCAAAAGGAGAAUUGUGCUACUAUUCUUCUAAGCCAUGGUGCAGACCCAAAUCUGGUGGAUUUUCAUUAUAAUACUGCUCUUCAUUAUGCUGUGUGUGGUCAAAAUAUCUCAUUAGUCAGAAAACUACUUGAACACAAAGCGAAUCUGGAAGCUAAAAAUAAGGAUGGAUAUACCCCACUUCUACUUGCCAUUGUUGAAAAUAAUGAAAAUAUGGUAAAAUUUCUUCUGAAGAAAGGAGCAGAUGUGAAUGCUUCAGAUAAGAAUCAAAGAACAGCCCUUAUGAUUGCUCUCAGUGAGGAACCAACAAGUUUAGUAAGUCUUCUUCUUCAGCAAGAUGUUGACCUCUCUUGCCAAGAUAUUAUGGAUUCACAGCUGAGGAAUAUGCUUCCUUUAAUGGUUUUACUACAUAUCAUCAAUUAA